CUUUCCCAACUCAUCUCUGUUCAUUGGUUCCCCCAAAUAUCAAAAGAGUCACAAACACACACACACACACAAAAAGAUACAUAAGUAACAUAACAUACCCUGUCUGAAUAAAAACCCAAUCUCACUCUUCUCCCUCGUAAACAUCGCUGUCUUCCAAAGAAUGGCCUCUCUCUCAGGCCUCUUCUCUUCUUCUCCUUCUCUCAAACCAACCAAAACCCUCUCCGUUAAAGCAUUCUCGGCGCCACCGACAAGAGGAGACUCCUUCUCUUUCCCACACACCUCCAAACCAACCCUCCUACCGUUGACUCUCUCCACCCCUCACUCCCUCGCGCGUGACAUUUCUCACACAGACGCCAAGAAAGAGCUUAUCAAGGAUCCCGAUGCGCUCUGGAAACGAUACCUAGAUUGGCUCUAUCAGCAGAAGGAUCUCGGAUUAUAUCUCGAUGUCAGCCGUGUCGGAUUCACCGAUGAGUUUGUCGUCGAAAUGGAGGAAAGGUUCAAAUCAGCGUUCAAGGCUAUGGAUGAGCUUGAAAAGGGGUCAAUAGCGAAUCCAGAUGAAGGGAGGAUGGUUGGUCAUUACUGGCUUAGGAACUCUAGUCUUGUCCCAAAGCCUACUUUGAAGACAUUGAUUGAGAACACUCUUGAUUCCAUCUGUUCUUUUUCUGAUGACAUCAUCUCUGGCAAGAUAAAGCCACCGUCUUCUCCUACUGGUCGUUUUACUCAGAUUCUUUCUGUAGGGAUUGGUGGUUCUGCUCUUGGUCCUCAGUUUGUUGCUGAGGCCUUGGCUCCUGAUAAUCCUCCUUUGAAGAUAAGAUUCAUUGACAACACUGAUCCUGCUGGAAUAGAUCAUCAGAUUGCACAGCUUGGGGAAGAGCUUGCCUCAACUUUAGUUAUUGUCAUCUCAAAGAGUGGAGGUACUCCUGAAACUAGAAAUGGACUAUUGGAAGUACAGAAAGCCUUCCGUGACGCUGGUCUGAACUUCGCAAAACAGGGUGUUGCAAUAACACAAGAAAACUCGUUGCUGGACAACACAGCGAGAAUUGAAGGUUGGUUAGCUAGGUUUCCUAUGUACGACUGGGUGGGUGGAAGAACAUCUGUUAUGUCUGCUGUUGGUCUCCUUCCAGCAGCACUACAGGGGAUUGAUAUUAGAGAGAUGCUUGCUGGUGCUGCAAUAAUGGACGAGGCUACUAGAACAACUUCUCUCAAGAAUAACCCUGCGGCGCUCUUAGCAAUGUGUUGGUACUGGGCCUCGGAUGGCGUUGGUUCCAAAGAUAUGGUUAUCCUUCCUUACAAGGAUAGCUUAUUGUUGUUUAGCCGGUAUCUGCAGCAAUUGGUCAUGGAAUCACUAGGAAAAGAGUUUGAUCUUGACGGUAACACUGUUAAUCAAGGGUUAACUGUAUAUGGAAACAAAGGGAGCACAGAUCAGCACGCCUACAUUCAACAAUUGAGGGAGGGUGUGCACAACUUCUUUGCAACCUUCAUAGAAGUGCUAAGAGACAGACCUCCAGGUCAUGAUUGGGAGCUUGAGCCAGGUGUCACUUGUGGAGACUACCUCUUUGGGAUGCUUCAGGGGACUAGAUCUGCUUUAUAUGCAAAUGGUAGAGAGUCCAUUAGUGUUACCAUUGAGGAAGUGACACCAAGAUCUGUUGGGGCUAUUAUUGCUCUUUAUGAAAGAGCGGUGGGAUUAUAUGCCUCACUAGUCAAUAUUAAUGCUUACCACCAACCUGGUGUGGAAGCCGGUAAGAAGGCAGCAGCUGAGGUUCUAGCACUGCAAAAGCGUGUAUUGUCAGUUCUUAAUGAAGCCAGUUGUAAAGAUCCAGUAGAGCCAUUGACACUGGACGAGAUAGCUGAUCGUUGCCAUGCUCCUGAGGAAAUCGAGAUGAUCUAUAAGAUCAUAGCUCACAUGUCUGCAAACGACAGAGUUUUGAUAGCUGAAGGAAGCUGCGGGUCGCCAAGGAGUGUUAAAGUGUACUUGGGAGAGUGCAAUGUGGAUGACAUGUACGCAUAAUAAAACCUUUACAUUUUUCUCAAACGCACAGAGACGUCUCAGUCUUUUGCUGUUCUGUUCUUUUCCUUAUUUAAUUCUGCCACGUCUGAUUUUGAAAUAAAGAAAAAAGAUUGCAAUAAGAGCAGGAAACACUUAUGUACUUGUUUUAGAUCUCAACACUUUUUCUAGAUGUUCUUUCGUUGCAUCCUUUAUAAGAAAACUAAACAAAAAUGUAAGCAACUUCUCAAGUGAGCAAUGAGUUAGAUAAGUCAGUGUCAGGGAUGCUCAAUAACUCUCCUCCAUGUGGUUAGAUGGUAUGAGUAUUGCAACUCAAGCAAAGUGAAACGUUUCAUGUUUGUAGCAUCUUCCGUAAGAAAACAAGA